UGUUUCCCGCUAGAACACAUCAAGUGGCCCUGCUGAGUUCAGAAGGGAAUAGUCUCCACACAUUCUGCUUUCAUCUAUAUAUACUCACCCCUACAUUUACAAGAACACAAGUCAAUUGAUUACUUAAGAGUAAAAGAAUAAGCACUACUUUUCUCUACAAGUUCUCUGUCAUCAUUCUUUACUUCCCAGUUCCCAGUGUCAAUUAAUAAAAACACAAUGGGUUUCCGUUUACCUGGUAUUAGACAAGCAACACUAUCUACAACCCAAAAUGAAACUAAGGGGGUUGAAGUCCAAAAAGGCUAUCUUGCAGUCUAUGUUGGAGAUAACAUGAGGCGGUUUGUGAUUCCUAUAUCAUACCUGAACCAACCCUCAUUUCAAGAUUUACUGAGUCAAUCAGAAGAAGAAUUUGGAUAUUCUCAUCCCACGGGUGGUCUCACAAUUCCAUGCAGGGAGGAUGCUUUCCUAGACAUCACUUCAACAUUUGAAAUUGGUUUCCGUUUACCUUCUAUCAGACGAGCUUCGUUUGUUGCUAGCCAAGCAUCUUUAAAAGUCGUGAAUGUGCCCAAGGGCUAUGUUGUGGUGUAUGUAGGAGAGAAAAUGAAGCGGUUUUUGAUCCCCAUGUCAUACUUGAACCAACCUUCAUUUCAAGACUUGCUGCGUCGAGCAGAGGAAGAAUUUGGAUAUGAUCAUCCAACAGGUGGUCUCACAAUUCCUUGCACAGAAGAUGUCUUCCUGCAUAUUACUUCUUGGUUGAAUGGUCUAUAAAUCUUACACUGUAGGGAACUGACGUAGAUUCAUAGAGACACUUUGUACG